GUUUUUUUUCUUCUGGUCGUUUUGGAGCUGUGCAGACAAUCUCAGGAAGACGCGUGCGAUUUUGUAUUAUCCUGCAUUUUUCGUAAGUUUAUCUGCGCUAAUUCCUGUUAUUUGUGCUGCAUCGCAUCGGCGAUCAGAACCUGUAGUGAAAAAUGUCGAAAAGGCGCAUCGAAGUAAUGGAUCCGUUCAUCAAAAAGCGGAGGGAGGAAAAGGGAAUGCUAGAUUCUGGAGCGUCAACCAGCGGCAGCAGUAGCUCGGCCUCGGCUGGGACCGUUGCAUCCAACGGGAAAGUUAACCCUUUGAAUGGAGUUCCGUACACGCAGAACUACUUUAAUCUGUACAAGAAGCGGAUUACUCUUCCGGUGUUCGAAUAUCGGGCCGACUUUAUGCGACUGUUGUCCGAACAUCAGUGCAUCGUACUUGUCGGUGAAACCGGUUCCGGAAAAACAACGCAAAUUCCGCAAUGGUGUGUUGAUUUCGCCAGAGCAAGUGGAAACAAAGCGGUUGCCUGUACCCAACCUCGGCGAGUCGCGGCAAUGUCCGUGGCCCAGCGUGUUUCCGAGGAAAUGGACGUUCUUCUCGGGCAGGAAGUGGGCUACAGUAUCCGUUUUGAAGAUUGCUCCUCGCCGAGAACCAUUCUUAAGUAUAUGACCGACGGUAUGUUGUUGCGUGAAGGAAUGAGUGACCCUAUGUUGGAAACGUAUCAGGUGAUCCUGCUGGACGAGGCUCACGAACGUACACUGGCAACGGAUUUGCUCAUGGGAGUUCUGAAGGAAGUGAUCCGUCAGCGAAGGGAUUUAAAACUCGUUAUUAUGUCCGCCACGCUUGACGCAGGCAAGUUCCAGCAGUAUUUCGACAAUGCCCCGUUAAUGAAUGUUCCGGGUCGAACCCACCCAGUCGAAAUUUUCUACACACCGGAACCGGAGAGGGAUUAUCUGGAAGCAGCUAUUCGAACGGUCAUUCAGAUCCACAUGUGCGAAGACGUCGAAGGAGACAUUCUCAUGUUCCUUACAGGUCAGGAAGAAAUUGAAGAAGCUUGCAAGCGAGUAAAGCGCGAAAUCGACAAUCUCGGACCGGAAGUAGGCGAACUGAAGUGCAUUCCGCUGUACUCUUCACUGCCGCCAAAUAUGCAGCAGAAGAUUUUUGAAGCAGCUCCGCCAAAAAAAGCGAACGGAGCCAUUGGGCGAAAGGUCGUCAUCUCAACAAACAUUGCUGAAACAUCGCUUACAAUCGAUGGAGUGGUGUUUGUGAUCGAUCCUGGUUUCUCCAAACAGAAGGUCUACAAUCCACGAAUCCGUGUGGAGAGUUUGUUGGUUUCACCGAUUAGUAAAGCUUCAGCCCAACAGCGGGCUGGUCGUGCUGGCCGUACUAGACCAGGCAAAUGCUUCCGGCUGUACACCGAGAAGGCAUACAAAACGGAAAUGCAGGAUAACACGUAUCCUGAAAUUUUGAGGUCAAAUCUUGGAACUGUUGUGUUACAAUUAAAGAAACUCGGUAUUGACGAUUUGGUACACUUUGACUUUAUGGACCCUCCGGCACCGGAGACACUGAUGCGAGCCUUGGAGCUGCUCAACUACUUGGCCGCCCUGGAUGACGACGGUAACCUGACAGACCUGGGAGCAGUGAUGGCCGAGUUCCCACUGGAUCCGCAACUGGCAAAAAUGUUGAUUGCGAGCUGUCAGCACAACUGCUCUAAUGAGAUCCUUUCAAUUACCGCUAUGCUGUCGGUCCCGCAGUGUUUCGUACGCCCGAAUGAGCUCAAAAAGGCCGCCGAUGAUGCCAAGAAGCGCUUUGCCCAUCUCGACGGUGACCAUCUCACACUUUUGAACGUGUAUCACGCCUUCAAACAGAACAACGAAGAUCCGAGCUGGUGUUAUGACAAUUUUAUUAACUACCGAUCGCUCAAAUCGGCCGACAAUGUGCGUCAGCAAUUGGCAAGGAUAAUGGACCGGUUUAAUCUGAAACGUUCAAGCACAGACUUCAACACUACCAACUACUAUUUUAACAUUCGGAAGGCGCUGGUAGAAGGGUUCUUCAUGCAGGUGGCUUACUUAGAGCAAACGAAGCAUUAUGUGACGAUCAAGGAUAAUCAGAUCGUGCAGCUGCAUCCAUCCACUUGUUUGGGUCACAGACCAAAUUGGGUCAUGUAUAACGAAUUUGUACUGACUACCAAAAAUUACAUUCGAACGGUCACCGAUGUGAAACCGGAAUGGCUAUUAACGAUUGCACCACAAUAUUAUGACUUGAACAAUUUCCCAGAGUGCGAGGCCAAGCGUCAGCUGGAGUUCAUAAACACGAAACUUGAAUCAAAACAGUAUCAACAAGGAUUUUAAAUAAUAGCUAUCCUAGAUUGCAUCUGAUGUACCUUGGCACUUUUUUUAUCUGAUGUUUUGUUUAGUUCUCCUACUUUCCAAUAGUUGUGAUUCUAGAAAAUAAUGCCUACUAUCAAACGUAAUGAAUUGACACAAACAAUGAUGUAAACCGGUUAACUUUCUCGCACGAAAAAGUGUGCUGCAAAACCACUGAAUUACUAUUACACAAGACAUAAACGUACCACCCAAUAUGAUCCAAA